CCUGUUCGAAGUAAAUCAUUUAAAAAAAAAACACAGAGAGAGAGAGAGAGAGAAAUAGAGAGAGAAAGAGGGAGAGAAAGAAUGGAUAUAUCCAUCGAUAGAAUUUCAACAAUAAUUAAAUGUUCUUUCGAAACACGAAACAUACAGACCUGUCGAGGUAUUUUUGAAACGACCAAGACAAACAAUCCACGAACAAAAGAAGUUAGACAUAACGUGGAAAGUGACAUUUUACGUGUAUAUCGCGCAAAAUUCCAAUGUAACCACAAUAUGUUGUUUAUUAUUAAAUUUAUAAGGGUGCGUACGUUAAGAAAUUUCUAAGUAAUCGGAAAGAUUACUUCCCAACGAGUAAGAUGAAUCCAUCGUGUGAACAGUAUACGACUGAUAUGAUCAGUCUCAAAAGGCCCACGUGAGUACACGUGACUCGAGUAACGGGAGAUUUCUUUUUCAUGUAACAAUUUUUCGAAUAAAAUCAGGAGUCUGGAGAAAUUCUCCGAAUCGAUCCCUAAACCGAAAGGUGCUAUUCCACAUUUUGGUCUGCCAAAAUGGAAAUUAAUGCCUUUAGAGUCGAAAAUCCCAAUGGUCCCCGGACCGGAAGGCGCUUACAACUUCGCUCGUCGUAAACUCGGAGAGAGAUUGUGGAUCUCGGCACCCGACGCAGAAUUCAAUUUGAGCGAUCCUUACGGUUAUGAGAUAGAAUGGACUUACGAUUCCCUUCACGACAAACAUUUGCUCCCUCAUUUCUCAAAACCGAAUGUCAUUCGACAUUUGUUGAAGGCCGGUUUCAUUACUAAGAAUCUAGAUGCGAAAUGUUCCCUGCGGGAUUACAAUAUGUACAGAAGAUAUUUGAGAAGGUUACACUGUGACAGUAUAAAAAAAGAAAUGAACAGAAUAACGAAAAAAUCUAUAGAGGAGAAAGCGAUACAGUAUGCGCAACAUCAGGCGGAGAAGGAAGUAAAGAGAUUGAAAGAAAGAGAAAGGUUGAUGGAAUUAAGGAAAUUUGCUAUAAAAGAGAUAAAAAUGGCUGAGAAGUUAAAACGACAAAAACAAAAAGAAAUGAAAAAGAAAAUAGAGAAAAGAUUGAUAUUAUUAGAAUUACAAAAACGAGAAGCUCAACAAAUGCGAUAUAUGAAAAGCAUACAGAAAGCUGAAUUAAUUCAACAGAAACAAAAAGCAGCACAAGCUAUUCGACGACAAAAAAUAAUUCAUACUCUAUUGGAAUGGAGUAAAAAAGAACGUGUAAGAAAAAAAAUGAUGGAUCUGCGGUUAAUACAAGAACGGGAAGAGAAACGGAGAAUCGUAAAAGAAAAAUGGGAAGAAAGACAAGAAUUUCAAAAGAAACAGAUUGAAAAGGAACAAUUUCUAUUGAAAUGCCUAGAAGAUCAACGAAAAGAAUUUAUAGAAGCCUACGAAGAGAAAGUAAGAAGAGAAACAGAAAGAAUGAAAAAUCUUUUUCAUGAUGUGAGAAUGUACAUAAGAUGUUAUUUGGCUAGGCAGAUGCCUUCAAAGAGAAUGCGAAUUUGUUGUCCAAAAUAUUUUUAUAAUGAAGAGGAUGACUUUAAAACCGAUGAAAAAAAACUAUUAUCUAAAUCAUAUGCUGCUACAAAAAAUGAUAAGACAAAAAAGUUAACUGAAACAAAAAAGAAAAAAGGUAAAGAAAAACAAACAAAUAAAACAAAAUUAAAAAAAGAAUUAAAAGAUGAAAAAAAAAUGGAAAAAAAAGUAGCUGAAACUCAAAAAAUUGUAAAAAAUGGAAAACAAAAGAAAAGAAAAAUAAAAAAGAAAAAAGAGAUUAAACCAGAAAUAAUAUCUGAAUUGCCAGAAGUGCCAGAAUCUAUACCUCCAGAAAAAGUAGAAUCAGAAAAAUCAAUAACACCGCCUUCUACACCAAAAGAUAAGUGCAGAUGUCAAAUAAUUAAGGAUUCUCAAAAAGCCAUUAUGUCACAAUAAUAAAUAGAAUUCUUUCAUAAAUUUAAAUUUAUAUAAUUUCAACUUACAUUUAUAGCUCUUUUAAUAGCAGCACAUAAUGCAAAAUAUCCAGUUUGAUUAUUAACUGUCCAUUUUGGACAAUUUUUUUCAUUCCAAAAAGAAUAAUUUAAUGUAUUCAAAAUAAAUAUCCAAUCAACUGCUUUUGGAUCUUCAGGAGAAGGGUGAAAUUGACAUUGAGAAUAAUUAUUUACACUUAUUUUACCAUCUUUAAGACCUUUUAAAACCUGUAAAUGUAACAUAUAAACAUAUUAAAUUUUUUUAUCUUAUUUUUUUAACCAAUUAAAAAAAUAUAACAAAGAAUAUAAGUAACAUCUAUAUAAUUUUACUAGUUGUUUUUAUAAUAUAUUGAAAAUUUAUAUAUAUAUAAUUUAAAUAAUGUUGAAAAAAUUAUUUACCGCGUAAGCAACAUUUUUGACUCCUUCAUUUUCAACAAAAACAUUUUUAGAACAAAAAUUUAUAAAUUUUGCGGAAUCCUUCGGCAUCAAAAUCAUUGUGGAAAAAAUAUUACUUAAUUAGAAGUUAAAAAUAAUUUAUUUAAACAAAAAUUCCACAAACACUUAAUAAUAGAAUAAGUACAUUUACUUAUUUUACAAUAUAGUCAAUAGUCACGUGAUAGUAUCCCGUGACCAAAGAUUCUUAGCACGUUAGCAACGACUGUCUUGUAAACAAACAUGGCUAUGAAUAUUAAAAUUUGUGAAAUUGUUUUUUAGAUUGUUUAUUAAUUAUGUGAACAGAUUAUUAUCUUGAAAUGUUCAUAUUAGUGUCUCAAAACUUUAUUAUACGUGAAAUUAAGGUAAGCAUUUUAAAUUUUGAAAUUGCAUAGUUGAUAUUGAAAGUACUUUUUCAGGACUAUACACAGCACAUGUGCACUAUAAUUGUUUACAUUGAGCGUUAAUAAAAAUCUUUUUAGAUUUAAUUUAAAUUGUCCUAAAAUAAUAUCAAAAAAUAAUUAUCUUAAACAUAAUAGUUUAUAUAUCAUAUUUUCUUUUAUUAUUAUUUUAAUAAAGAAACUUUUAGGUUAUUUGUUAUGAUAAUUUAAUGCAUAUUUUUAUGUGCAUUCAUUUAUCAUCAUAUCUCAAUUAGUUGUUUAGGUUAUAUAAAACUUGGAAAUAAAGUUUAUAAGAUAUUU